UGCGGAGUUUUUUGCGCAGUUCGAAGGGCCUGUAAUGUACCCGGACCAGAAUACAUCGAAAUGGAAGAUCCCGCCUUACAAUCCUAAAAUCCCGCCCAGAGAAAUGCUAGUGAAAAAUACGGAGAUAAACUUUGGUCCUGCGCAUCCAGCCGCGCACGGGUGCUUGAGGCUCAUCUGCCAUCUAGAAGGAGAACAUGUCGUUAGACUCGACCCCCACAUUGGCCUUUUACACAGGGGCACCGAAAAGCUGUUUGAAUACAAAACGUACGGUCAAGCUUUACCGUAUUUCGACCGUAUGGACUACAUUUCUACUUUAGCGAACGAACAUCCGUACUGCCUGGCCGUUGAAAAAUUACUGAACAUUGAAGUACCGCGAAGGGCCAAGUUCCUAAGAACCAUGUUCGCGGAAAUCACGAGGAUUCAGAACCAUAUGGCUUCUUGCGCUUUUUUGUGCUUAGAUGUUGGUGCUAUAACUCCGCUGUUUUGGUUGUUUGAAGAAAGGGAAAAAUUGUACGAAAUUUGCGAGAGAGCGUGUGGUUCUAGAAUGCAUUGCGCGUACUUUAGAGUAGGCGGUGUAAGCCAGGACAUUCCUUUAGGCUUGCUUCACGAUAUCUACGAAUUGGUGAGCAAGUUUCCAGAGAGGCUGGAUGAAAUUGAAGAUGUCGUUACCAAAAACAGACUUUUCAUUCAAAGAACCAAAGGAGUGGGGGUUACGUCCGCUCACGAAGCCAUGAAUAGAGGAUUCACAGGGGUCAUGUUAAGAUCAACUGGAGUCAAAUGGGACAUAAGAAAAACCCAACCGUACGAGGUUUACGACGAAAUGGACUUCGAGGUACCGAUAACCUCAAAUGGCGACACCUAUGACAGAUAUUUGCUGCGUUUGGAGGAAGCCCGACAAUCGGUUAGAAUUGUAGAGCAAUGCAUUAAUUCCAUGCCAGAGGGCGAAAUUAAAGUCGACAACUUCAAGGUGUCGCCACCGAAAAGAGGGGAAAUGAAGACUUCUAUGGAAGCAAUCAUACAUCACUUCAAACUAUUUUCUCAAGGUUUUGGAGUGCCUCCAGGCUCAACUUUCACGACUACAGAACAUCCAAAAGGGGAAUUUGGCGUUUACCUGGUGUCUGAUGGUUCCUCAAAGCCCUAUAGAUGUCGCGUGAGAUCCCCGGGAUUCAUCCACCUAUCCGGAAUAGACUAUUUGAUGGGCAAAGGCAACUUUUUGGCCGAUUUGGUGCCGAUUGUAUGCACAAUAGACGUGGUUUUUGGCGACGUGGACCGAUAAUAUAAUACUGCACAUUUUUAAGUUUUUA